UCUACUCUCUCCCCCUCUCUCUCUCCAAUUCUCCCUCUCCCAUCUCUUACUGUCUCCUCGUGGGCAGCCAUAACCUCUCUUCUUCCCAUCCUGUGAUCCGUGACUUCCCUUUUCCCUUUCACUCCUCCCUCCGUUUUUUUUGGUGAGUAUUCCCCUUUCACUGAUAGUCUCGUUCCUUCACCAAGCCCCCCUCCCUCUCCACCCCCCACCUGGAGCUCUGACUCAGCUGGGAUCGUUUGCGUCCAAGCUGGCCGGGGGCAAAUCCGACUUUCUAGAAAUUUCUUCCCUCUGUUCCCUUUCAUCUGCCUGAGAUAUAAAGCAUCUUCAAUUCCUGUCCUUCAUUCAUCUCCUCUUUAGCAUCAUCUGAGGGAGCCUGCCACAUCUUCCUUAAUCCUCUCCUUCUCUUCUCUCUUCCCUCUUUCUCUCUUACUAACCUCCUACCCCUCGUUCAGAAAUCAACCUUCCCUCAUACCUUCACCAUGUCCGAGACCUUCGAGUUCCAGGCUGAGAUCUCUCAGCUGCUCUCGCUGAUCAUCAACACCGUCUACUCCAACAAGGAGAUCUUCCUCCGUGAGCUUAUCUCCAACGCCUCCGAUGCUCUUGACAAGAUCCGCUAUGAGUCUCUGUCCGACCCCUCCAAGCUCGACUCGGGCAAGGACCUCCGCAUCGACCUCAUCCCCAACAAGGAGGCCGGGACCCUCACCAUCCGCGAUACCGGUAUUGGUAUGACCAAGGCUGACUUGAUCAACAACCUCGGUACCAUUGCUCGCUCUGGUACCAAGCAGUUCAUGGAGGCUCUCUCCGCUGGUGCCGAUAUCUCCAUGAUCGGUCAGUUCGGUGUCGGUUUCUACUCUGCUUACCUCGUGGCCGACCGCGUCACUGUCAUCUCCAAGCACAACGAUGACGAGCAGUACGUCUGGGAGUCCGCUGCCGGUGGUACUUUCACUCUCACCCAGGACACCGAGGGUGAGCAGCUUGGCCGUGGUACCAAGAUCAUCCUCCACCUGAAGGAUGAGCAGCUUGACUACCUCAACGAGAGCCGUAUCAAGGAGGUCGUCCGCAAGCACUCUGAGUUCAUCUCCUACCCCAUCUACCUCCACGUUCUGAAGGAGACCGAGAAGGAGGUCCCUGAUGAGGAGGCCGAGACCAAGGAGGAGGAGGACGACGAGAAGAAGCCCAAGAUCGAGGAGGUUGAUGAGGAGGAGGAGAAGAAGGAGAAGAAGACCAAGACUGUCAAGGAGAGCAAGAUCGAGGAGGAGGAGCUUAACAAGACCAAGCCCAUCUGGACUCGCAACCCUGCCGACAUCACCCAGGAGGAGUACGCCGCUUUCUACAAGUCCCUCUCCAACGACUGGGAGGACCACUUGGCCGUCAAGCACUUCUCCGUCGAGGGUCAGCUCGAGUUCCGUGCUAUCCUCUACGUUCCUAAGCGUGCUCCCUUCGACCUCUUCGAGACCAAGAAGACCAAGAACAACAUCAAGCUCUACGUCCGUCGUGUCUUCAUCACCGAUGACGCCACUGACCUCAUCCCCGAGUGGCUCAGCUUCGUCAAGGGUGUUGUCGACUCUGAGGACCUUCCUCUCAACCUGUCUCGUGAGACCCUGCAGCAGAACAAGAUCAUGAAGGUCAUCAAGAAGAACAUCGUCAAGAAGACCCUCGAGCUCUUCACUGAGAUCGCUGAGGACCGCGAGCAGUUCGACAAGUUCUACUCUGCCUUCAGCAAGAACAUCAAGCUCGGUAUCCACGAGGAUGCUCAGAACCGCGCCACCCUCGCCAAGCUGCUCCGCUACCAGUCCACCAAGUCCGGUGAUGAGGCCACCUCCCUUGCCGACUACGUCACUCGCAUGCCCGAGCACCAGAAGCAGAUCUACUACAUCACCGGCGAGUCCAUCAAGGCUGUUGCCAAGUCUCCCUUCCUUGACAGCCUCAAGCAGAAGAACUUUGAGGUUCUGUUCCUGGUUGACCCCAUUGACGAGUACGCUUUCACUCAGCUGAAGGAGUUCGAUGGCAAGAAGUUGGUCGAUAUCACCAAGGACUUCGAGCUCGAGGAGUCUGAGGAGGAGAAGGCCGAGCGCGAGAAGGAGGAGAAGGAGUUCGAGGGCCUUGCUAAGAGCCUUAAGAACAUCCUCGGUGACAAGGUCGAGAAGGUCGUCGUCUCCCACAAGCUCGUUGGCUCUCCCUGCGCCAUCCGUACCGGCCAGUUCGGUUGGUCCGCUAACAUGGAGCGUAUCAUGAAGGCCCAGGCCCUCCGUGACACCUCUAUGAGCUCUUACAUGUCCUCCAAGAAGACCUUCGAGAUCUCUCCCAAGUCUUCCAUCGUUAAGGAGCUCAAGAAGAAGGUUGAGACCGAUGGUGAGGGUGACCGCACCGUUAAGUCCAUCACUCAGCUGCUCUUCGAGACCUCCCUCCUGGUGUCCGGUUUCACCAUUGAGGAGCCUGCCAGCUUCGCUGAGCGUAUCCACAAGCUCGUCUCCCUUGGUCUGAACAUUGACGAGGAGGCUGAGACCACCGAGGAGAAGGCCGCUGAGGAGGCUGUUCCUGCUGCCGCCCCGGCUGAGAGCUCCAUGGAGGAGGUUGACUAAAUGUUGACCGCAUGAUGUGACGAUCCGCUCGAAAUGUAACUGUUUUUUAUGACCCGACACUAUAAUCGGAACGGCAAGGGACCUUUGCCCUUUGUUACUUUUUUUCUGAAUUACGAAUUCACCCUUUCGGCGUUUUGAGCGUUUUUUACCCCAACCUAAAUUACAUUCCGUCUGUUGAAGAUCGUCUCAGGCUGGUAGAUUAUUC